GCCCAGCCCCGCCCCGCAGCGCCAAGAUGGCCGCGGCGUCGCGGCGCCGGUAGCGGUAGCUAUGGAGGGAGAGAGCGGCUCGCUAGGCCCCGGCGAGCGCUGGGCGCCGGUGGGCGCCGUGUCGGCGGAAGAGGACGAGGACGAGGAGGACGAAGAGGCGGCGGCCACAGGGGGAGAGUCGCCGGAGUCGGUGCCGCGGCUGCGGGCCGAGCGGCGCCGGCUGCACGGGGCGCUGCUGGCGCUCGCCUCGCACUUCGCUCAGGUGCAGUUCCGGCUGCGGCAGGUGGCCCGGGCCGGCCCGGCCGAGCAGCAGCGCCUGCUCCGCGACCUCGAGGACUUCGCCUUCCGCGGCUGCCCCGCGCCGCUGCCCCACGGCCUCGGCGCCGCUCCGGGUGAGCGAGAGAAGCAGGAGCAAAUUGAGGUCCAGAAGGAGAAGCAGAGAGAGCUGAUCCUGCAGCUCAAGACACAGCUGGAUGACCUAGAGACCUUUGCUUACCAAGAGGGCAGCUAUGAUUCUCUGCCACAGUCUGUGGUUAUGGAAAGACAACGGAUGAUUAUAAAUGAGUUGAUAAAGAAGCUGGACAUGGACUUGAGCGAAGAUUUUGCAACGCUCUCUCCAGAGGAACUGCGGCAGCGGGUGGAUGCUGCCAUAGCACAGAUUGUGAAUCCAGCCAGGGUGAAGGAGCAGCUGGUGGAACAACUGAAGACCCAGAUAAGGGACCUCGAAAUGUUCAUCAACUUCAUUCAGGAUGAAGUUGGAAGCUCUGGCAAGGCAGAAGAUGGCCACUGUGACUGUGGAGGCUCCUACAAACCCAGCACCCGGCCUUCUGGGAACAGAGUGAACCCAGAAGAUGCCAGAAGGAUGCAAGAAACGGGCCUGCAGCUCAUGCGCCGCGUGCUGGCCGUGCUGCAGAUCUUUGCUGUCAGCCAGUUUGGCUGCGCCACGGGUCAGAUCCCUCGCACCCUCUGGCAGAAGGACCAAGACAACCAGGACUUCUCCCCCUUAAUAGAGAAACUGGAGUUGUCGGUGGAGCGGGUGAGGCAGCUUGCCCUGAAACACCAGCAGGCAGAGCACGUUAUCUGCUCCUCUGAGCUGCAGGACGUUCCCCUGGGAGGCAGAGACGAGCUGACUCUGGCUGUGCGCAGGGAGCUGACGGUCGCUCUGCGGGACCUGCUGGCCCACGGGCUCUACGCCUCUUCCCCAGGCAUGAGCCUGGUGUUGGCCCCCAUCGCAUGCUUGAUUCCCGCGUUCACGCCCUCGCCGCGGACCAUGCACCCCUGGGAACUCUUUGUCAAGUAUUACAACGCUAAGAAUGGACAAGCCUUCGUGGAAUCCCCAGCUCGCAAGCUGUCCCAGUCCUUCGCCUUGCCUGUGACAGGAGCAGUGGUGGCUACCCCCAAGCAGAGCCUGCUGGCAGCCAUCCACACGGUGCUCACGGAGCACGGCCCCUUCAAGCGCAGCGCGGACUCGGAGCUGAAGGCGCUGGUGUGCAUGGCGCUGAAUGAGCAGCGCCUGGUCUCGUGGCUCAACCUCAUCUGCAAGUCUGGAGCUCUGGUUCAGUCUCACUACCAGCCCUGGAGCUACAUGGCCAACACAGGCUUCGAAAGCGCGCUCACCCUCCUCAGCCGCCUGAGCAACUUGAAGUUCAACCUCCCAGUGGACCUGGCUGUUCGGCAGCUGAAAAACAUCAAAGAUGCGUUUUGAUGUGUUUUUAUUGUAAUUCAUCCAUUUUUUCCACUAGUAGGCAGCUGUUGGGCUCAAGAAGCCUGGCUUUUGUAAGACCAA